AAAGAAGCCAACAGGCAUCCGAGUUGGGUUCACGGGAGCUGCUGAGAAGUUAGUGGGGUUAAACGAACUAGUCCGUCAAAUUCCGUUUUUUCCCCCCACUUGAACGAACAAACAGGGCAGCUGCAAUGUGGAUUCAAGUGCGGACAAUGGAUGGGAAAGAAACCCAUCGGGUGGACGCGUUAUCCAAACUCACCAAGGUGGACGAGCUUCGUCUGAAGAUCUCGGAGCUCUUCAAGGUGGAGCCCGAGAAGCAGAGGCUGUUCUACCGUGGCAAGCAGAUGGAGGACGGGCACACCAUCUUUGACUAUAACGUGGGCCUUAAUGACAUAGUGCAGUUGCUUAUUAGACAGAACGCGCCCCCUGCUGAAGUUGCCAAAAACAAGGACAAAGAAGCUGAGCUCUCGGACUCCGAUUCUGGCUGCGGCUCAACACAGAGCGAGUCUGACAAGAGCUCAACUCAUGGUGAGAUGGAGGUUCAGACCGCCGGCACCUCUGCUCAGACAAACACCCCAGAGCUCACUGAUCCUGGCUUCGGAUCCUACAAGGUCAAUGAAAUGGUGGACGCAAGAGACUUGAACAUGGGGGCGUGGUUUGAGGCCCAGAUUGUGAAUGUCACAAAGUCCACCAAGACCCCCAAAGGAGAUGGGGCCGAAGGGGAGCCAGCCGAGGAGGAGAUACUGUACCACGUUAAAUAUGAAGACUACCCAGAGAACGGAGUGAUUCAGCUCCUGGCCAAGGAUGUUCGUCCAAGGGCCCGCACCGUGUUCCAGUGGCACCAGUUGGAGCCUGGUAUGAUCGUGAUGCUCAACUACAACCCAGACGAUCCCAAGGAGCGGGGCUACUGGUAUGAUGCUGAGAUCCAGAGGAAAAGGGAGACACGCACCGUCCGAGAGAUUUAUGCCAAGAUUCUUCUAGGAGAUGCAGGCGAUUCCCUCAAUGACUGCCGCAUCAUGUUUGUGACUGAAAUCUACAAAAUUGAGGAGCCUGGUUGUACAAAUGACACUCCUGCCGGAUCCGAGAGCCCUCUGAAAAGAUCAAAUGGACCCGAGUGCAAGCGUUGCAAGGAUGAUCCCGAUAAAAACUGCCGCUGGUGCAACUGUAACAUUUGUGGAAUUAAGCAGGAUCCAGACAAGCAACUUCUGUGUGACGAAUGCGACAUGGCCUAUCACACAUACUGCCUGAACCCACCGCUCACCACCAUCCCAGAGGAUGAGGACUGGUAUUGCCCAAAUUGCCGCAUUGAUACAAAUGAGGUGGUGCUCGCUGGAGAGAAGCUGAAAGAGAGUAAGAAGAAAGCCAAGAUGGCUUCUGCCAGCUCUUCAAGCCAGAGGGACUGGGGCAAGGGAAUGGCUUGUGUGGGUCGAACAAAGCAGUGCACCAUUGUCCCAUCAAACCAUUACGGUCCAAUCCCCGGUGUCCCUGUUGGCUCCCUAUGGAAGUUCAGAGUGCAGGUCAGUGAGUCUGGUGUCCACAGGCCGCAUGUAGCUGGGAUACAUGGCAGGAGCAACGACGGUGCCUAUUCUCUGGUCUUGGCAGGAGGCUAUGAAGAUGAUGUGGAUGAUGGAAAUGAGUUCACUUACACCGGUUCUGGAGGGCGAGAUCUGUCUGGGAACAAGAGGACUGCUGAGCAAUCAUGUGACCAGACACUGACUCACAUGAACCGUGCCCUUGCUCUCAACUGCAAUGUUCCGGUCAAUGACAAGAAUGGUGCACAGGCAAAGAACUGGAAGGAUGGCAAGCCAGUCAGGGUGGUUCGCAGCUGCAAGGGUCGCAAACACAGUAAAUACUCGCCUGAAGAGGGAAACAGAUAUGAUGGGAUUUACAAGGUGGUCAAGUACUGGCCAGACAAAGGCAAAUCUGGCUUUCUGGUUUGGCGCUAUCUCCUUAAGCGUGAUGAUGACGAGCCAGCCCCAUGGACCAGAGAUGGCAAAGAACGCAUCAAGAAGCUUGGUCUUGUCAUGCAGUAUCCCGCGGGCUAUCAGAAAGAGAAAGAGAACAAAAGUGAAGUGGAAGAGGAGGAGACACCCAGCAAGGCAAAGAGGAAGAGAAAGUCUGAAAGCAGCGAAUAUGGCAAGAGCUCACCCGCAAAGAGUCCCAAGAAAGUGAAGGUGGAGGUUUACAAGCUUUCUGGAGAACAGAAGGCACUCAUCAAGAAUGAUACGCAAAACAAAAAACUGUGGGAUGAAGCCAUGGAGUCUCUGUCGCUUGGCCCGAAAUUCCUGAACAAGGUUGAAGAAGUAUUCCUCUGCAUUUGCUGCCAAGAAGUGGUCUAUCAGCCCAUCACCACUGAGUGCCAACACAACGUCUGCAAGGAAUGCCUUCAGCGGUCCUUCAAAGCAGAGGUGUACACCUGCCCGGCUUGCAGGAACGAUUUGGGCAAAAACUACUCCAUGGCUGUCAACAAGCCGCUGCAGGAGAUCCUAAAUCAGUUUUUCCCAGGUUACAGCAAUGGCCGAUGAUCAUGGCCUCCUCCGUCUCAGCAAUGCAAAGUGUAGGGCAAUUUCCAGUCAGAGGCAAUAAAGAAUCCGUUUUUCUUAAUAUAUUUUUAUGAUUUAUAAAUUGACCGUUUUUUGUGGACUCCAGUGCAACCUUCUUCCAUGAUGGUUCUUCAUUGAUGUGUAGUUAAUGGUAAAUUGAAAAUUCAUUUUGUUACUGCCUGUACCAUUAUGCCGUUGCUACCCUGAAAUGUGAUUUAAAAAAAAAAAAAAGAAAAAAUCUUUUUACUGUUCCCUUUAACUCAUACAAGAUGGCCACCGAGUAAAAGGAGUCAGCCAGAUUAAUCCGUUUCAAAACCGAGUCGUCAGAAGUGGUUAAGCUAUCUGCCCAAUGUACAUAUUUGAGAGGCAGAUCAAUUUUGGUGCAAUUUAUUUGUCAAAAUCCGUUAGCCAUCUCUUUCACCCUCCCCCCCCCCCCCCCCCCAAAAAAAAAAAAAAAAAACAAGAAAAAAAUGGUGGAUACAUUGGCCAGCUAUCCUGUCAAAUGAUAAACAUAAAUAUGCCGCUUGUCUCCUAUGUAAUCAGAUGACUGAAGCUGCACGAAUAGGAAAUAUGUUCAUGUAUACGAAGAUCUGUUUCGUGCUCCACCACCCGCCCCCCUUUCUUUUUUUAAGUUUUCAAUGCACAAUAGCAUUGCAAGUCAGAUAUUUAAGUAUAUCUAUGUAUUUGGAUCCGUAGAAAAGGUUGACUUCCAAAGAAACGAGUGUGUUUAAAGCGUGUAAUGUAGAAUUCCCCGUCUAGCUAGCUCUUUAACCGAGUCUAGAAAUCUCACAUGUAUUUUUUUUUCGCCUUUUUUAUUGAUGUAUUGCUAUCCACUCGUGUCUCCUUUUAGAGACCCGACAUCUUUUUAGAACUAUAAAAUAAUUGCAUUGAAGAUGUUGAAAUUUAAAAACAAAGAAAAUUCCACUCUGUUCUCUCUGAAUUGAUUCUUCAAUGGAACUACCGUAUAUUGGUGUAACUGCUAUGGCUUGCUUGUCUUCUAUGAUCAUUUGCCAAUUCAUUUCAACAGCAGUUUGAACACCCACCACAUCUGUGGUCUUGGCAGUUUUGCAGAAUGGGGAAAUGUAUAUUUUUCUGAAAUUGUAUAAUGUCCUUUUUUUUUAUAUAUGGUUUUAGAAACUGCACAUGUUGCAAUUGU